AUGGUCGAUGAAGACGCGGAAGUGCCUUUUCAAGAGCCAAGCACUUCAACAGUUGAUCGGCGUCGAGUGGCAGCUCGGUGUUGCUUCGGGCGGUUCUCGUCGAAAAUCGGCGCCUAUUUAUUCACUUCAUUCUUUGCUCACGAGAUUGCAAUAGCUAUGAUCUACACAUUGAAGAGACACCACUGGUCGACGAUCUCUUUAGACAUUCCAUUGCUAACGAUUAGGUGUUGCCAAUUGAUUACGGUAGCUAUCGCCUAUUUUGGAUUGUGGAAGCACAAGCACUACUUUUUGAUCCCGUUCAUUGUGUCUCAAUUAACGCUUGGCGCUUACUCUGACCUCUCAACAUGGAUGAUUUUGGUCAAAGAACAAAGCUCGAAAGGGAAAGUACCGUCCGUGUUUUUUAGUACUCCCCUCUUCUAUUUGGUGCUUCCAAUUCUCCUCUACGCUUCACUUUGCAUCUUCUUUACUUAUGUAAUGUACAAAUGCUUUGCUUUCUUCAAAAUCAGAUACGCAACAAUGACUCGAUCAAACGAGUUUCCAGAGCUCACCGAAAUGGAAAGUUUU